CCCGUGGCGGGCCCCGCCCCCCGGCCAAUCGGACUGGCGCUAGCCCGAGCCCAGAUUCUCUUUGUUCCGCAGCCAUUUCAGGCCCCGAAAGGGAGGCAGCGCCGCUUCGGCAGAAGGCCUGAGCACCGGAGGCGUCUGGGAUGGUGUGGGAUCGGCAAACCAAGAUGGAGUAUGAGUGGAAACCUGACGAGCAAGGGCUUCAGCAAAUCCUGCAGCUGCUGAAGGAGUCUCAGUCCCCGGACACCACCAUUCAGAGGACUGUGCAACAAAAACUGGAACAGCUCAAUCAGUAUCCGGAUUUUAACAACUACUUGAUUUUUGUCCUUACAAAAUUAAAAUCUGAAGAUGAACCUACAAGAUCACUGAGUGGUCUCAUCUUGAAGAAUAAUGUGAAAGCACAUUUUCAGAACUUCCCAAAUGGUGUAACAGACUUUAUUAAAAGUGAAUGUUUAAAUAAUAUCGGUGACUCCUCUCCCUUGAUCAGAGCCACUGUAGGUAUUUUGAUUACAACCAUUGCCUCCAAGGGAGAAUUGCAAAACUGGCCUGACCUCUUACCAAAACUCUGUAGCCUGUUGGAUUCUGAAGAUUACAACACCUGUGAGGGAGCAUUUGGUGCCCUUCAGAAAAUAUGUGAAGAUUCUGCUGAGAUUUUAGAUAGUGAUGUUUUAGAUCGCCCUCUCAACAUCAUGAUUCCCAAAUUUUUACAAUUCUUCAAGCACAAUAGUCCCAAAAUAAGGUCUCAUGCUGUUGCAUGUGUCAAUCAGUUUAUCAUCAGCAGGACUCAAGCCCUGAUGAUGCAUAUUGAUUCUUUUAUUGAGAAUCUCUUUGCAUUGGCUGGUGAUGAAGAACCAGAGGUACGGAAAAAUGUGUGCCGAGCACUUGUGAUGUUGCUUGAAGUUCGAAUGGAUCGCCUGCUUCCUCACAUGCAUAAUAUAGUUGAGUACAUGCUGCAAAGGACCCAAGAUCAAGAUGAAAAUGUGGCUUUGGAAGCUUGUGAAUUUUGGCUCACUUUGGCUGAGCAACCAAUAUGCAAAGAUGUGCUUGUGAGACAUCUUCCUAAGUUGAUUCCUGUGUUAGUGAAUGGCAUGAAGUACUCAGAUAUAGAUAUUAUCCUGCUUAAGGGUGAUGUUGAAGAGGAUGAAACAAUUCCUGAUAGUGAACAAGAUAUAAGGCCACGUUUUCAUAGAUCAAGGACAGUGGCUCAGCAGCAUGAUGAAGAUGGAAUUGAAGAGGAAGAGGAAGAUGAUGAUGAAAUUGAUGAUGAUGAUACAAUUUCUGACUGGAAUCUAAGAAAAUGUUCUGCUGCUGCCCUAGAUGUUCUUGCAAAUGUUUAUCGUGAUGAGCUCUUGCCACAUAUUUUGCCUCUUUUGAAAGAAUUACUUUUUCAUCAUGAAUGGGUUGUUAAAGAAUCGGGCAUCUUGGUUUUAGGAGCAAUUGCUGAAGGUUGCAUGCAGGGUAUGAUUCCAUACCUGCCUGAGCUCAUUCCUCACCUUAUUCAGUGCCUCUCUGAUAAAAAGGCUCUUGUGCGUUCCAUAACAUGCUGGACUCUUAGUCGCUAUGCACACUGGGUAGUCAGCCAGCCACCGGACACAUACCUAAAGCCAUUAAUGACAGAGUUGCUAAAGCGUAUCUUGGAUAGCAACAAGAGAGUACAAGAAGCUGCCUGCAGUGCCUUUGCUACUCUAGAGGAGGAGGCUUGUACAGAACUUGUUCCUUAUCUUGCAUAUAUACUUGAUACUCUGGUCUUUGCAUUUAGUAAAUACCAGCAUAAGAACCUGCUCAUUCUUUAUGAUGCCAUAGGAACAUUAGCAGAUUCAGUUGGACAUCAUUUAAACAAACCAGAAUAUAUUCAGAUGCUAAUGCCUCCACUGAUCCAGAAAUGGAACAUGUUAAAGGAUGAAGAUAAAGAUCUCUUCCCUUUACUUGAGUGCCUAUCUUCAGUUGCCACAGCCCUGCAGUCUGGCUUCCUGCCAUACUGUGAACCUGUGUAUCAGCGUUGUGUAAACCUAGUACAGAAGACUCUUGCACAAGCUAUGCUAAACAAUGCUCAACCAGAUCAAUAUGAGGCUCCAGAUAAAGAUUUUAUGAUCGUAGCUCUUGAUUUACUCAGUGGCCUAGCUGAAGGACUUGGAGGCAACAUUGAACAGCUGGUAGCCCGAAGUAACAUCCUAACAUUAAUGUAUCAGUGCAUGCAGGAUAAAAUGCCAGAAGUUCGACAGAGUUCAUUUGCACUAUUAGGUGACCUGACUAAAGCUUGCUUUCAGCAUGUUAAGCCUUUUAUAGCUGAUUUUAUGCCAAUAUUGGGAACCAAUCUAAAUCCAGAGUUCAUUUCAGUCUGCAACAAUGCCACAUGGGCAAUUGGAGAAAUUUCCAUUCAAAUGGGUAUAGAGAUGCAGCCUUAUAUUCCUAUGGUGUUGCACCAGCUUGUAGAAAUCAUUAACAGACCCAACGCACCAAAGACGUUGUUGGAGAAUACAGCAAUAACAAUUGGUCGUCUUGGUUACGUUUGUCCUCAAGAGGUGGCCCCCAUGCUACAGCAGUUUAUAAGACCCUGGUGUACCUCUCUGAGAAACAUAAGAGACAAUGAGGAAAAGGAUUCAGCAUUCCGUGGGAUUUGUACCAUGAUCAGUGUGAAUCCCAGUGGCGUAAUCCAAGAUUUUAUAUUUUUUUGUGAUGCUGUUGCAUCAUGGAUUAACCCAAAAGAUGAUCUCAGAGACAUGUUCUGUAAGAUCCUUCAUGGAUUUAAAAAUCAAGUUGGGGAUGAAAAUUGGAGGCGUUUCUCCGACCAGUUUCCUCUUCCUUUAAAAGAGCGUCUUGCAGCUUUUUAUGGUGUUUAAUCUAAUAUACUUAGGCUGCAGUCCCAAAAUUAGGGGUCCUCCGGUCUUGGAGACUAUGAGGGAGCCUCUGUACCCAGGGAAAAUGUUACCCUUGACAGGGGGGAAGGGUAAACCAGUAGGGAAUACAGUACAAUCCCAACCCUACUGGGAGGGGCGGGAGGGAGAUGUUGCCAUCACUGUCGAUGUUGGGAAUCGUUUUAACAUCUGGAGCCUUUGUGGGUGGAAAUCUGUCUCCAAUUACAACUCCGCACUGAAUGUGAAGAAGCAAAAAAAAAAAAAAAAAAAAAAAUAUUCGGUCUGCUCACAAAACAGUACAUUCUGGAAUAUUAUGGGGAAUUGUACCAAAACAAGAACCAUAUAAAUAAUCCAUAGGGAAAAGAAAGAGGAAAAAUUCUGUAGCGCACAAUAAAGGGAACCUAAGAAUGGGGGUUUUCAUAUGGUAAAGAAGCUUUUUUUUUUUUUUAAUUUAAAGGUUUUUAUAUAAAUGUUCCCACAUUAUGGGGUCGUGUUUUGCAUGCUGAUGAAGAACUACACAAAGCUAAUAAAGUUAAAAUCAGCUUGCCUUCCCAUAGUAGAAGCAGGUUCUUGGAAAUUACAAUUUAAAGUACCCCCAGAAGAUGUUGGAAAUAAAACACAACAAAUUUGAACAACGAAGCACCCUGUGAAAUGCCAAAUGAGUCACUCCUUUUACCUGUGCGGGGUGGGCAGGGAGGGAGGAAUAGGUGGGGUUGGGCAUAUCAAACUAAAGUUGACAUCUUAAUUUUACAUUAAACAGUGGAUAUAAUUUCAUGGUUGUACUUCAUUAGAUUUAAUUUCUAGGCCAACACAUUGUUUUAAAGUGCAGUUUAAGGUUCAGGCAUGCAUUCUGGCUCAUAGUGAUUGGAAGUAAUUUAAAUUAGUGGGAAAGUAGCAUGCUUGCAUCACAUAGAGUGAGGUUGGUAUUCAUUUACCUAUGUUGCGCCAGUUUGCCUUGCAGUUUACCAAUUCGAUAUAGCCCUGCAUUUAAAGUUCCUUUUUAAGAUUUAUGGAUUUUAUUUUUAUUAAGAAUAUAGGUAUAUAAAGUACUGUAGUUUACAGCUAGGCCUUGAAAUAUCUUUUUAGGAUCUGUUAGAAAUAAGAUUGAUAUUGUAUUGUGUGUAACCUGCACAAUGUGGAAAGCUGAUAUACCUGUGCAAAAUCUUUGCCUCUGUGCUGUCAGUGUGAUGUGCUUUCUGCAUGGUUAUAUACUACUAGCGAUUUUAUCAAAAUUUCUAAAAUUUAAAUUACAUGGUAAAAGAUCUGUAAAAGGCUGCAUAAGUGUUAGUUGGCACUUAAAGACAAUUGUAGAAGUUGAAAAAUGAUUGGUAUAAUUCAUUGUUUAUUCCCAUUCAACAUACUGCCUUCUAAGCCUUCUUUUUUUGUUCAAAGCAUGAUCUUAAAGAUAUGUUUAAGUUAAUGGAUGUAAGUAAUGCAGGGUUCCUACACUGUAUUGGCGCAUGUUGGUGGCCCUCUGUGCCCUAAAUAUAAUGCACAUGGGGUGCAAGUUAAAAGCUACAGAGUGAAAGUUGGUUUGGAUCCUCUUCAUUUCAUUUGUUUAGCUUUUCUGGUUUUUUUCUCUACUUACAUGUAUUUCUGUGAAUAAAUCCUUGUUAAGUUAAUCCUUUACUUUUCCUUUCAUGUGUAUUUUCUUAUAUACUGUGAAUGUGAAAACCUAACUGGUACACUUGAUCCUUUGUCCAUAUGAAAGUGCAAGUCUUUAUUAAUUUGGAUUGCCUGAACAGUGUAUCCCAUGAUGAUGAAGGAAAAUGGAGAGAUUUUUCUUUUUAACUCUGCUGGUCAGAGAUGAAGCCACGCCUUUCCAUUUUUCAAUGCUGCAUAUUUAAUCUGCAACAAAAAAUGUUAAGCCAUAACAGCCUUUUUAUAUUUUAGUUUGUCACCUUUGCAUUGCAGAAUAAAUACUGAAUAACCAUUUUUAUAAGCAGUUGCUCCUCUUUGCAUGGUUCUAUUCUCUAAAAGUAUUGAAUGAUACAGCCAUUGCACUGACAUUUGAGCUGUGUGUGUGUGUGACUAUAAAUACUGUUUCAAAAAAUGUCAGAUGCAUGGUAGCAUGCAGAAAGGUUUUUGUUAUUGUGUGUGUUUUUUUUAACAUGUUCUUUCACCUUCUUUGCUCUACUUUGGCUUUGCAAAUUUCAGUCUCUUCAGCCUGAAAUUAAGUCAUUUUAUAAUCCCCAAUUUUUUAAGAAUUACUACAAGUUAGGUUCAAAGGUUUAUGGCAUUUUGCUUUCUAGUUCAGUUGUUUUACUGGGAGCUCAGAAUUUGCUUCUUGGUUAGUCUCUAAAACCUAAGUAGGAUAAUUAUUUUAUCCUUAAAUAUAGUGAUACCUUUUAGAAUUUAAUAUGGGUAUGGGCUAGAGAUUUAGUUCAGUGGUGCGGCCACUUGCCUCGUAGGUACAAGGUCCCAAAUUUGAUCCCGGUACCAAAGAAAAACCAGAACAAUAGAAUUUAAUAUGGAAAACUUUUAAUAUUCUGGAAAAGGAGAGUAAAUAUCUUUAAGAAAUGGCAAAAUUCUCUAAAUGCAGCAAAACAAGUACAUAAAAACAGUCAAAUUUAUCUUAACCUCUGAUUAACAAUUCUGUAUUGAUGAAAAGCAAUAUUAAAAAUGAAUAUUUUACUUGGUUCAAAAUUAGUUUCCAGUUAGGCAAAUGGGUAACAUAAUAACGUGCCCAUUUUGUAGUUGGUUGACCUAUUUCCAUAUUUAAAGAAAUUCUAAUUUUAAAAUAGAAAAUAAAAUUAAGUGACUAUAAUUUGCAACCUGAUUUUAGGUUGAACUUUUUUUUUCCCCGUGGAGAUUAUUGUUUCUUCUUGAUUGAUAUUGUGUUUCACAUAACAUAGUAUAUAGCACAGGAAUUUGCAGAAGCCAUUUAAGUUAUCUUUUGAGGUAAGCUCUAAUUUAGCAUUUAUUCUUCUGAUUAAACUUAAAAUACAUCAUGGGAUAUAUAUAUAGAUAUAUAUAAAGCAACUUAAUUCUUGUGGUGUAGUCUUAAUGGUUUUGAAUGUUGACUGAAUGUCUAUGAGAUUGUGAGUUGUCUUUGUUACAUUCCAGUGUUUGUGCCUCUUGGCAUGCUUAAAGCACGGCUUACUUCAUCUGCUCCUUACACACUAAAAUGCUCUUAGUGUGGUCAACUACAGAAAUAGCCGCUGCUAAGUGAUGUAGAUUUUCUACUUGAAUAUUUUUAUGUUGUAGGAACCUCAGGAGGUCAGUGUUUACUGUUUUAUAUAUGCCUUCUUUUUCCUGUUUGAGCUUCUCUCUUUGAAGGAUUCUAACAGAACAAAAGCUGCUGAUCAACCUAAGUUGGAAACAGAAAGUUUGUUUAAUAUAAUUUAGAUGCAUGUUUGGCAGUUCCAUGUUACAGACCAUUAGCAAGUGAACUUAGUGCCACAGAUACUCAUUUAUUCAGGAAGUAAUUUUGCUUUUUGUAUUGUCUAAUAUAUAAUGACUUCAUAUUGUGUAAAAAAAAAUCACUUUUAUAUUUUUUGGUUGGUUAUUUCCAAAAUAACCAACAUGUAAAUAUCUUUAAGAGCCAGUUCUGAUGCUUUACAUUAUUGCUACUUGAUUUUGUUACGCAAGUUAGAUUUCAGAAGACUAGAUUUUAAAACACUUAACCAAGCCAUUACAUCUUAAAAACAAAAUAAGUAGCUUUUUUUGUAAUUAACAUAUUGAUAAAACACUGUGAUUUUUUUGGUUAAGACUUUUUCAUUGAUCUGAAUUGCUUAAAUUGCAUAUAUUGUAAAAUAAGAUCAGAUGUAUAUUUUAAAAUAAUUUCCACUGACUUUCCUCUUGAAAUGCUUUGUCUACUCAGUUACAGAAUAUUAUGAUACAAGUUUUAUCUCAGGUGAAUACCCUUGUAUCAUUUUUGCUUUCAUGGCAUGUUUAUAAAGGGUCAUCAUACUUAUAGGCUUUUUUGGUGGUGUAUUUCAUUGGGUAUCUUUCAAUUUUUCUAGUUUUAGCAGACCGAAGGGGUUUAGAAUUCUCCACAAGCCUUUUAUGUGCAGAUUAUUUGAAGAUGUGCUAAAUUUGGUCCUCCAAACCAUCUAAAUAGGAAAAUAGAAAAGUUUCCCCCUGUAUAAAAUUAUUCUGCAUAGGGGAAAUGCCAGAAUUAAACUAGUUAUGUCUUGAACCCUUUAGUCUAAAUUAAAGACCUUUGCUAUGGGGGGGGGUGUGAUUUUAUUUUUGGUUGAUUUUUAUUUUUUUCUUCAUAUAAUUAACCUAUAUUCAUAUUGAAUGUAUUAACAGACAACGGUGCAAAAACAUUCUUUCCAAGAGAAGAGUGUAUCAUGAGUAACUGCAGUUUAAAUCCUUCCUUUGGUAGUACUUCAAAAACACAGCUUUGCUUACUGAAUUAGUUUUGCAAAUAUUACAAGGGAGGAAAACACUAAUUAUUGCCACUAGUACUGUUAAUGAGGUGUAGGCGUUGGAAUCGGUAAGAAAACUAGUCCUCAAAUAGUUAAGGGCCUGGGGUAAUCUAGGUAAAAUAUUAGAUCAAUUGUGAGCUGUGUUAACAACAUUAUCUAGUAUUACAUUGUAUGCCAACUUAGUGCAUUUUGUACUGUAUUAAAUGUGGCAAUACUUCUAAUGACUCUUUAAAAUUUCACAUGAAAUUUUGGUUUCAUUCACCUGUGUACUUGCUGGGUGACUUGUGACUAAUCUUUUCAGUCUUAUAUAGAUCUUUCUCCCAUUGGCAUUAUCUAUGUGUAGAUAAUUCUUUAUGCCUAAUUAUUAUGCAUAUUAAUUUUAAGGUGUACAUUUAAAUUGUAGCGACUGUUUGUUGUAUCCCAGAAUGUGUUGUGUUUAGAUAAAAAGAUGCAUAACAGCUAAAUGGAUGCAUGAUUUUGAGGGAAGUUAAAAAUCGUGAUUUUUUUUCACUUGUAUAUUUUAAAACCAAGCCAAAUCUAUUUGCCAAGCAGUAUAUCACUAAAUAGAAAUGCCAGUAGUUUUCCUUUUAUAACCAAUUUUAUUUACCAUAGGGUCCCCUAAUACUGUGUCUUACACAGAAUUGGCUAUUUUACAGGUCUGAUUAUCUUACUCAAAGCCUGCUAUUACAUGGUUAGCCUAUAAGGCAGUGCUGGUCCCCUCCUGAUGUCAGCCUCAUAAAGGGUUCCACUAUACUUUUCCUCAUACUUUGUUUUCCUUUGUGGGUAUACUAAGGUAUACUACCAAAUUAAGCUUGGUGGAUUUUUAUGGAGAUAAUUAGACAAUACUGUAUAAUUACUCAAUAGAUUAUCUUGUAAGAAAGAUAUUUAAAUGUGGUAAAUAACUUCAUAUUAUACAGCAGUUUUACACUUAAUAUUCAUGUUAACAUUGGGUGCAAUAAUUUAGUAGCAUUAGCUUUAGUUAUAAAUAACUGGAUCUUUCUGCUGACAACUUAGGUUGUAUGAGUUAUGCUUAAAAGCUUUAAAUCUGAUGUUUCUUGUACUUGCCACACUAUGUUAGAAUGCGUCCUUCAAACAUAUCCUCCUGCAAUUUCUCAAACUGUACUAAAUUGAUAAUUCUUGAAGUCUAACUCUGUGCUUACAGAUCUUCAUUUAAAAUAGAAUACGGUUUUAAUUUUUGAUAAGCUGCUGAAUUUUAAAAGAGUUUUUUGGGGCCACCAAAUAUUUUGGAUCAUGCAGAGAAUAUAUAUUGUACUGUAGUAAUUUUUGUAUUUACAUUUGUAUGAUGUGACAUAAUAGAUGUGAAUGUUAAUCACUGCUUGACUAUGUUAAUAAAGUUGUUUAACUAUA